AAACUAAUUUAAAAUAAUUGUUUUAUCGACAUAAAGCAAGAACAACAACAUAUGAUCGGGUGAUUCAUUACAAUGUGCAUCAGUGCGGAUUCGUACUUAAAACCAGUUUGAAAUUCGCAUUUGUUGAAACUGAAAACGCGACAUGGAACAUAACGUCGUAUUAUUAUUGUUGCCGGUUAUGACAGUGGUAAACGGUAUGACAAUUAUAAAUAUCGGUAGUAUGUUGGAUGAUCCCGACUGUGACACUUUGUAUGAUAUGGGCAAUAACCGUUGUAACAUUAACCCAGACGUUUAUUUGAGUGUGCCUCAAAUUAUAAGUCGUCAUGGAUAUCCAAGUGAGGCUCACACGAUCAGAACGGAGGACGGGUAUCUGUUGACUUUGCACAGAAUACCAGGCGAUAAAUCAGGAAAACGUGGCGGACAACCCGUGUUUUUGCAGCAUGGUCUCCUUGGCAGCAGCGUUGAUUGGGUUGUUAAUGGCAACGAUUCCUUAGCUUUUAUUUUAGCAGAUGAAGGGUAUGACGUAUGGCUGGGUAAUGCUAGAGGUAACUCCAAUUCCAAAGGCCAUGUAUCCCUUUCAACCAAAAGUGCAGAAUAUUGGAAUUUUAGCUGGCAUGAAAUGGGAAUUUAUGACUUACCUGCUGCAUUAUAUUACGUCAGCAACACUACAAAUAGGAUGGGUGACAUAAUCUACAUAGGUCAUUCAAUGGGAACCACCAUGUUCUUCGUGUUUGCAUCUCAGAAACCUCAAGAUGCUAAAAACGUGAAACUUAUGAUAGCUUUGGCACCCACCGCUUACAUGACCCAUGUCAGAUCUCCCAUAAAGUAUUUGGCACCGUUUUCAAACGACGGAGCGUGGCUUCUAAAACAUCUCGGUUUCAACCAGUUUUUGCCAAGAGGUAAAAUUCUUCAAUUGUUGACUUUCGAAUGCGAAAUCCUGGAGGCGAACAAAAGGAAAUUCUGCGAAAAUAUGUUCUUCGUAUUCGCCGGAUUCAACAAGAAGGAAUUUAACAGGAAUGUGUUCGACGUAGUUCUUAGCCAUGAUCCUGCAGGAACAUCAACGAAAACCGUGAUCCACUACGGGCAGGAAAUAAAAGAGGAGGGCAAAUUUCAGCAAUAUGAUUAUGGCGAAAAGGAAAAUUUGAUAAAAUAUGGACAACCAACUCCUCCGGAAUACGACCCUGGAAAAAUCAAAAAUUCCAUUUACUUAAUGUUUGCCGAAAAGGACAAGCUUACUAACCCAAUCGAUGUUUUGCGAUUUUCACAUAAGUUAAACCAUUUGGCCGGAAUGUACAGAGUACCGAAUGACGAUUUCGACCAUUUAGAUUUUAUUUUGGGUAUUGAUGCUAAAAAAUUAGUGUACAACCAAGUUCUCAAAGUUAUGAAAAACUUUACUAGUGAAUUUAGUGUUUAAUAUAAAUUAUGUGAUCAAUGUUCUGAAUAAUUUACUGGGAAUAAAAUUUUUUUAAUGAAAA